GUUUAAGCUUGUGAAAUAUGACACCUCCUAAAGCAACUGGGAAAGCGAUGAAAAAGGCCGGCAAGGCCCAAAAGAAUAUCGCAAAGACCGACAAGAAAAGGAAGAAGAGGAGGAAGGAGUCGUAUGCUAUUUACAUUUACAAAGUGUUGAAGCAGGUCCACCCCGAUACCGGGGUCUCUUCCAAGGCGAUGAGUAUUAUGAACUCAUUCGUCAACGAUGUCUUUGAGAGGAUCGCUGCUGAAGCUUCACGUCUCUCUCAUUACAACAAGAGGUCUACCAUCACCAGUCGGGAAAUCCAGACUGCUGUCAGGCUCCUUCUUCCCGGAGAAUUGGCGAAGCACGCCGUUUCUGAAGGGACUAAAGCUGUAACCAAAUACACCAGUUCUAAAUAAAUUGCUCCAUUUGCGUUUUCAACGGCCCUUUUAAGGGCCACCAAA